CCAGCCAGGCGCCGCCGGGCCCGGGCCCCGGGCCCGGGCGCCGCCAUGUCGGAACCUUUGGGUUGGUGCGUUGAGGCCGUACGAGCGGCGGCCGAACCGGGACUGGCCCGGGCUUUGUUGGCGUUGCGGACCCGUCACACUCGGCGACCGGGAGGUGCCGCUCGGUUUCGGGAACGGGGUGGCUUGGGGCCGUUGUUGGAGUUGUUGGGGCCUGAGAGGCCUCGGCGCACCCUCGAUUUGGCUCUCAGCGUUCUCGGGAAUUGUUGCACCGAGCCCGGUUGCCGCCGUCAGGCUCGGCGCCUCGGCGGCGUCCCACGCCUCGUGGCCCUGCUGUCCUCGCCGGGGCCGGAGAGCGUGCAGAACCGGGUGGCCCGCACCCUCGCCAACCUGGCGCUGGAGCCCGACGGCGCCCGGGAUGUCCUCGAUGCCGGUGCUGGCCCCCUCCUGGUGUCGCUGGCCGCCUCCUGCGGCACCCCCGAGUGCCUCCACAGUGCCGCCCGUGCCCUCCGCAUCUUGGGGGCCGCCCCGGCCCCCCGCCGGGCCCUCGGCCGAGCCGGGGCCGUCCGAGCCUUGGCUUCCCGCUUGGCAUCCCUCUCUCCGGCCCAUCCCGCCUGCCCAGCCGUCGCCCGAGCCCUGCGGGGUCUCACCGACAGCCCCGGCCCUUCGGCCGACGACGUGGCCCCCGCUUUGCCCGCUUUGGCUGCCCUGGCCGCUCACGCCAAGCGGGACCACCGCCAACCCGCCCUGGGAGCCAUCGCCAACGCCUGCGCCCGCGCUCCUCUCCGACCCGCCCUGGGGGCUGCCGGGGCGGUGGAAGCGGUGACCGAGGAGGUGAGGAGAGCGUUGGCGUCCCCCAACGUCGCCGGUGCCACCGUAGCUGUCCGGGCGCUCUGCCUGUUGUGCCGGGAAGCCGUUAACCGGGCGCGGGUACGAGCGGCCGGCGGGUUGGGGCUGCUCCUGCGUCUCCUGGCCGAACCCCGCGCCCGGCCGUGGCGUCCCCGCGUCCUCCUGGCUUUGGCCGCCUUCGCCUACGACCAAGAGGCGCUGGUGGCUCUGGAAGCUCGAGGCCUCGUCCCGCUGCUCGCCGACGUCCUGCGAGCCCGGGCCGAUGAGGAGGAGGAGGAAGAGGAGGAAGAGGAGGAGGAGGAAGAGGAAGAGGAGGAGGAUGAAGCCGCCGCAUCCUGCGAUCUUCCUCGGGAGCUGCCUGGCCCGCCCGGGGCCGGUGCGGCCGCCGGGAGCUUGCGGGGACUCAAGUCCUGGCUCCUCUCUGAAGCUGCUUCCCCACCGCCCUCCCCUCCAUCCUCCACCGUUCCCCCCCACUGCCCCUCUCCCCCCCGCCGUCGCCUGCCCCCCAUGGGGGCCCUGGCCCUGCCCCGGGGGGUGGGCGAGGGGGAUCCCUGGCUCCCCGAAGCUCCCGCUCUCCUACUUUUGGGACGGCUGGCAGCCGCUGAUGAGCCCAGCCGAGCCCUGGCCACUGCCCCCGUUGUUUCGGGGCUCCUUCGCUACCUGACGGGGGUCCCUGCCCCAGCCCCCCGGGCUGCCCGGGUGCUGCAGCGCCUGACAGGGCACCCUGCUUUUUUGGGGGCCCUGGUCCGGGCUUACGUCCCCUCCCUGCUCCGCUCCUGGCUGGUCCUCGGCUUCACCCCACCCCAGGCCGAGGAGCUUUCGCGGCCCGGGGGACCCAGGCAUCCGACUGCCCCCCCUCACCCCCGCCAGGCACGCCUCAAGGAGUUGGGUGAGGGACUCCUGCGCAACCUGGGGGCGGCAGCAGCGGCCCCCUUCGGCGUGGGGCUGCUGACUCACAUGCUGCGCUGCGGGGCCCCCCCAGCCCGCCUGGCCUGCGCCACCGCCCUGCCUUUGCUCGCCAGGCCGGCGUCCCCGGCGCGGGGGCUGCUGUGGGGAGGGGGUGCGGUGGCCCUGCUGCUCUCGGCGGUGGCCCGGGGCCCCACGUCCCCCUACGAGCCCCCCCCAGCCUUCGCCCUCUACGCUGCCGACGCUAUCGCCCUCCUGCGGGGACAUGCCGGGGACACGCCGGGGGACAUCGGGGACGCGGCAGGGGACGGUGAGGACACGCCGGGACGUGCCGGCGCCGAGGACCUGCAGGUACGGCCCCAUGGGGUGCUGGGGACAAGCGAUGGGGACGUUGAGGAUGUGGUGGGGGACACGGUGGCCGCUGGGGAUCGUUGGGGACGCGGAGGAUCGUUGAGGACUUGUGGGGACACUGAGGAGCCGGUUGGGGACGUGGGGAUCGUGAGGGACUCGUGGGGACGGACGGACGGGGAUACUGGGGACAUCGGGGAUCCCUUGGGGACAUCCAGAUGGGGACGCUGGGACACCCACGGACUCCCAGGUGCUCUUGGGGAUCCGCAGGUGCACGGGGACACCAGGGACCCAUGGGAACACGGGGACGCCGAGGACCUGUGGGGACAAGCGGACAGACGUGGGGAGAGUGGCGACGUCCUUGGGGAGAACGGUGACCUGCAGAGACCUCUGGACCGACGCAAGGACCUCAAGGACCCGUGUCCCCAGCGUCCUCCAACCCGUCUCCCCAACCAUCUCCCUGUCUCCGAGCCUCCCUAA